AUGAAGACAACCCAUUCAUUUGGCUUCUUAGCGGCAUUGCUGUGUCAAUUUUUGGGAGUGGAUUCGUUUAUCGCUCCUUCGGCCAGAUUGACCAGGAUACAUCGGAGCCAUUUGUCUUCUACAAAGGAACCCACCACAGAGACGACAACCAGCACCGACAAUGAUUAUAAUGCAGUAUUUGUGGCCAAAGAAGGAGGACGAGGGGCCACUACGGCUUCCCAACAAGCUCUGGAACAGAACCUGAGUUUGGGUGCACCUCCUGCAAGACCUUCAGGUGGACAUUUUUUGACACGGGGUGGAGUCCAGGUGACGGCUCAUGUAGAACCCAUGGAGUUUUCAGAUGAAAUGAGAAGUGGCACUUCUGCCAAUGCCAUUGAAGAAUUGGUCCAACAACUAGAUGAACACAAAGGAGUCUUGUUGACUAGCAGUUAUGAAUUUCCGGGGCGGUAUGCACGUUGGUCUCUUGGAUUUGUGGAUCCCCCGUUGGAGAUUUCAGGUCGAGGCUCCAAAUGCACAAUCAAGGCACUCAACCAACGUGGCAAAGUUAUUUUGCCUGCAGUAGAAGAAGUUAUGAAGUCACUGAAAGAAGAAGGAAUCCUUUCAGAACUCCAUGUAUCCAACCAGGGGGAAACGCCUAAUGGAACAGGAGACUCGAUGGACUCUGCUAUGACUCGAAUUGACGUUACAGUGGUCCCUCCUUCUGAGGUGGGUACCUUUAGCGAAGAGGAACGAUCACGUCAGCCAUCUCUGUUCUCUGUUGUGCGAGCUCUGGUUGAUUUGUUUGGAUAUCAAGCACCUGACGGUCAACUGGGUUUGUAUGGUGCAUUUGGAUACGAUUUGACAUUCCAAUUUGAGCCUAUCAAGUUAUCCCAGCCUAGAGAUGACGACCAGAGGGAUGUACUUCUGUAUUUGCCAGAUACCAUCAUUGUUGUAGACCAAGACAAAAGAGACGCCUGGAAAGUCGACUAUGACUUUUGCGUCAAUCAACGAUCAACACAAGGAAUGCCUCGCCUAGGAGAGAACGCACCCUUUCAAGCAUUUGACGAAAGCAAAGUGGAUUUCAAUCCACGCGACACCCCUCCAAAUGAAUUUGCACAGAGUGUUGAAAAGGCAAAGCGUGAAUUUGCAGUUGGUAACCUGUUCGAAGCAGUCUUGUCACAAACAUUCCGAGAAAAGUUAGCCGAGGAAACACCACCUUCGGUUCUCUUUCGCCGACUUCGUGCUCGCAACCCUGCUCCGUACGGUUUCUUUAUCAAUCUGGGAGAACAGGAGUAUUUGGUAGGUGCAAGUCCGGAAAUGUUUGUUCGCUGUGAAGCCAUUGCAGACAAUGAUUAUAGGCCCGGUGCUUUGAGAGUCGAGACAUGUCCCAUUUCGGGAACCGUGGCUCGUGGAGCGGAUGCAUUGGAAGAUGCACAGAGGGUGAAGAGCUUAAUGAUGAAUGCCAAAGAAGAAAGCGAAUUGACAAUGUGCACAGAUGUCGAUCGAAACGACAAGUCGCGAAUCUGCGAACCAGGAUCCGUCCAGGUCAUCGGUCGCCGUCAAAUUGAAAUGUACAGCCGUUUGAUCCAUACGGUAGAUCACGUGGAAGGAUUCUUGCGACCUGAAUUUGAUGCAUUGGACGCCUUCCUCUGUCACACUUGGGCUGUCACAGUCACCGGUGCUCCCAAGACCUGGGCCAUUCAAUUCGUCGAAGACAAUGAGCGAUCACCAAGGCACUGGUAUGGAGGUGCUGUAGGAAUGGUCGGCUUUGACGGUAGCCUGAACACUGGAUUGACGCUACGAACGGUUAGAGUGAAAAACGGGGUUGCUGAGGUUCGUGCUGGGGCCACGCUUUUGUACGAUUCCAAUCCACCCGCAGAAGAACUCGAGACGGAGCUUAAGGCCUCUGCCAUGAUUGAUGCAAUCGUUCAAAAGGGUCCUGAAGACGAGUUAGGAACCGUUUCCAAACUUGUUCCAAAGCCGGUCCUUGUGGGCAAUGGAAAGAACCUCAUUUUGAUUGAUCACGAAGAUUCAUUUGUACAUACGCUUGGGAACUAUCUUCGCCAAACUGGAGCGACUGUUACAACACUAAGAAGUGGUCCUUCAGCGUUGAAAGCACUGGAGUCCAUGGCGCAAGCUGGCAAGAAACCAGAUCUGGUCAUUCUUUCUCCUGGACCAGGCAACCCGUCGGACUUUGGCCUCUCUAAAACAAUUGAUGUUUUGACCAAGCACAAAAUUCCAGCGUUUGGAGUUUGCCUGGGUCUGCAGGGCAUGGUCGAGCACUUUGGAGGCACCCUUGGCGUGCUCGGAUACCCCAUGCAUGGCAAACCUUCCGGCGUGACUCUGACCGCCGAAGGAAAGGCCGCGAACAGUAUUUUCGAAGGUCUCCCCGAUACAUUCGAGGUUGCCAGAUAUCACUCUUUGUAUGGAAUCAAGGAAAGGCUUCCAUCUUCCCUGAAAGUGACUGCCCUCAGCGACGACGGCAUUGUGAUGGGAAUCCAGCACAACGAACUACCGUUUGCGGCUGUUCAAUUUCACCCAGAGUCUAUACUGACAAGCCCGGCUCACGGCAUGACAAUUCUGCAGAACGCUCUGUCUGUAUUGCACUAUUCAGAGGGAUCCGCCGAAGAAAGGGCCACAUCUGGUGCAGAAUUGGUGGGCAUCCUAGAGCAGAAAUCCGAGGAUCAGUUGCAAGCAAAGCUUGAAAAAGUUGGGUUGUCUACUUCGGGCUCGAAGAGUGAUAUGGUUGUCCGGCUAGCUCUCUGGAUGCACAAGAGCAAAGAAGCCAAAUCUGGACGUCUUCCACUGGAAGACAAGUCAGCUACAGAACUUCGAGAACUGAAAGCGAGCCUUGGCAUGAAGGGCUCAUCUGGUUCCAAAGAGGAGUUGAUUGAGCAACUGAAGACUUGCCUACUCUAG